UAUUUUUAAAAGUUGAUAGCUGGAAAACAUAACUUGUCAAAUUAACCUCAAUUCAUGUAAACAUUUUUAACAAAAUAAACAUUGCGUAUUUUAUUCGAUUUUAUACGAAACCCGUUGAAGUAAAAUAUUUUAGUUCGGUUUAACUCUUCAUCAACGAGUUGUAAUGAAGUUUUUCAAUAAUCCUUAUGACGAUUAUACCCCCGAUGGAUUACAAGAGACAAAAACUAAAGUAAGUCAAUGUAUCAAUUUGAAAUGGCAAUCUACUUUGGAAAAAUUGCUGACCUUAGACUACAAUGACUAUUCAGUGUAUACUGGAACUGCUGGCAUUGCGUUGCUAAAACUCAAUAAAGAACCAGAUGACAUCAAAACAAUAAAGGAAACAAUAAAACUUCUAUCACUUAACAAAUUAAAAGGAAGAAGACCUACAUUUCUCUGUGGUGAUGCAGGCCCCCUUGCAAUUGGAAUAGUGUUGAAACAUAAAUUGGGAAAUCAUGAUGAAGUUAAACAAUUAAUUUUGAAACUUACUAAUCUCAAUAAAGAUGUAUUAGAUUUAUACUCGGAUCUGGCUAAUGAAUACAUGUAUGGCAGAGUGGGAUAUUUAUAUGCCAUUCUUUAUGUAAACAAAUAUGUUUGUCCACCUCCUUUUGAUGACAAUUAUAUCAGUCAGAUCAUAGAGACCAUCCUAGUAGUAGGAAGGAAUAUGUCAAAAGCUGGUCGUUUUAAAUGCCCUUUAAUGUAUGAAUGGCAUGACAGUUAUUAUUUGGGAGGCGCGCAUGGACUUGCUGGUAUUUUAUAUCUACUUCUGCAAGCCAGGGUGUAUUUAACUGAAGAUGAUUUAAAUAAUUUAAUAAAACCUACCAUAGAUUAUUUAUUAACACAAAGAUUUCCCAGUGGUAAUUUUCCAUCUUCUUUGGGUAGAGAUGCUGAUAAGUAUGUACAAUGGUGUCAUGGAUGUCCUGGAUUUGUUCCUUUGUUAACUACUGCCUACAAGAUUUUCCAGGAUACUAGAUAUUUACAUUCGGCACUUGAAUGCGGCGACAUAAUUUGGCAAAGAGGAUUAUUAAAAAAGGGGUACAGUUUAUGCCAUGGGGUCUCAGGAAAUGCUUAUUCUUUUUUGGAAUUAUAUCAGACAACUAAGGAAGAAAAACACCUUUACAGAGCCUUGAAAUUCGCUGAAUGGUGUAUUGAAUACAAGAAAGAACACGAAGAAAACUAUCCAGACAGACCUAAAUCUUUGUAUGAAGGUAUUGCUGGACCAAUGUAUUUUCUGCUGGAUACACAAAAACCUUUGGAAGCUAAAUUUCCCGGAUAUACGCUAUAAAUAUAUAACGACUGAUUUUUUUGUUGGUAUAAUAUAAAAUGUAUUUAAAACUAUAUCGAAAA